AGGCGAGCGUUCAAUUCAAUAAUGUAAAAUAAGGCUUGCAAAAGCAUGGAUGGGAAGAAGUACAUACACAUCGUCGUCGACAUUGAAGUGCAUGGAUUCAACCUAUCAAUGUGAAUUUUCACCACUUUUCCCCAUCAGUGCCACGGAGAAAGAGUGGAAGGAGAAACCCCCGAAUUUUCACUCCCCAAAAUAAUCGAUCCGAAUUUGCUAUGCAUAUACGUGAAGGGGUUGUGUGCUGUGCCUACACAAUGGAUGCGGAGUGAGUAAUAAGUGUCCGAGAAAGCGAGCGUGGUGGCGUAGGGAACAUUUGCGGGUGGAAACAGCCUCUGUUGCUUUCCCAUCCUCCGUACUUAUCCAGUGGUGAAAGUGAGCAACUGGCUGCUAUUUCUCAAUUCCCACUAAUUACCCAGCAGACAAUUACGGAGUUCAUUUUACCAAACCGAGACCAACACAUCUGGAUCUGCUCCUCACUUCCUCUGUCGUGUGUAUGUACUUGACUCCCUACUCUCCUAAAAAUAGACGUCGUUCGCCCAUCCGAACCUACACAUCCGCCGCUCACGUCAGGCCAGGAAUAAGAACAGAGAGUCGUUUGGUUGGUGGUGGGGAGUGUUCGGAAGCUUGGAGUUGGCCAAGACGAUGCAUUUGUGGAGCGCUGUGAGUGGUUGGAUCAACUGGCCGACCGAGGCAUCUGAACGUGGGAUUGGGCCUUAUCAAGACAUGGAUACCAUUUCCAUGCUUCUCACCGGGUGGAUCAUUUUCAUAUUGAUUUCCAUCGUCGUCGUGAAAUACCUGUACUUUCGCUUCGUCAAAAAGACGGGCUUUCCUCAGUUUGAGUCCAGCUCGUCAGAGUCGAGAGCCAAUCUUCUCAGCCACGAGGGGGGCGACGUUGGUGGUGGCGCCGGUCCUCCCGAGCAGAACGGAAGUGUGGGCGACUUGGCCCUCAAGGCCGCUCGCUCCAGUCCGAAGCCACAGCCACCCGCACGACGGAGGCACAAACUGGCAGGUGCUCCCCAAACGAGUCCCAGCCAUGACCAUGCGACAGAAGGCGUUUGCACCGGGCCGGAUCCCGCCGCGGUCGAAUUUAUCAAGCAAAUCUACGACUGGGCAUUCAAAAAGGACGGCAAGGACAGAGCCAGUUGGGUGGGCGACAUCAAAUCCUCGUUCAUGACGGCAUUGAACCAAGUGUUGCGAGAUGAGGGGGGAAAGCAGAAUGAUUUUCUCAUCACAAUCAUCGACCUAAACUUGAAGGAGGAUCUAAAAUUGUACAACAUGUUUGCGGAAUGCAUCCAUCCAGACAAUGUGAAAGUCACGUCUGAUUGCGAACUCCAGCUUCAGGGCCAAGUGACCCUUCAUCAGAAGCAGCAGCUUCCUCGCCGGCUCCCCUUCUUCGUGGACCACAUAUCGGGGAGACUCUCCAUCCUGGUCAACACCUCUGCCGACAAGUCCGCCCUGGUCAAGUUGGAUGGCUGGCCGGAGAUUUGUGUGGCCGUGUCCUUUGAGCAGGACAAGGGUGCGGCCCAAAUCGUGGGCGACGCGAUCGCCUCUGCAAUUCGAAACUGUUUGACGGAGCUGAGCUACGCCCAAUUCGCCCAGUUCCCCGUGGCCCCCAAGUUCAGUCCCAGGAAGGACGGGCUGCCCCAAGAGGUGAGGUAUCUCCUGGCCACCAUCGUGCGGGGCAGGGAGCUGGGAGUGCAGAAGGGGUGUCAGGAGGCCUACUGCGCCAUCGAGCUGGACGAUCCCCCACAAAAGUUUCAAACCGACAUUGUUCGCAGCCAUGAUCCCGUGUGGAAUGAAAAUUUCGUGUUCAACAUUCUUCCCCGAGGAGGUGAACUCUUGUUUGAAGUUUACGACAAAGUGGGGGCCCGGUUCCUGGGAUGCAACAUAAUUUCAGUGGAUGAUAUGAAAACGGGCGGACCUGAAGGGCGGUAUGAAACACUGAAACUCAUAUCACGAAAGUUAGAGGAUUCCGAAGGGUACACUGGAUCCAUCGAUGUUCAGUUCACUCCCUUGAGCGAGCCCGAGUUCCUCCAAAGGUCGGCCAAGAACAAGAGGCAGCAACUGCUGACGACCACGCGACGAGUUUUCACGCCUUCGCCAGACUCCAAGUCUUCGGCGGCAGCAUUUGCAGAAAAUGUAAUACGAGAGCUUGGAAAAGACUCUUCUUUCACUUGUACCCCCACUUCCGCUAGUAACACCAACACAAUUAGCACUCUAAUCAUACAUGCCGUUGUUCAAAAAAGGGAUCGUGCCAACGGAGAUGACCCAUCGGAGGCGAUAGCAAUCACGCAGUAUGGAGAUGAGCGUGGUCGGCGGAAGACGAGGAAAGGCGACAUUUUUACCUCGAUCCGUCGCCGCUUUUCGAAGGGGCGUUCACAUUCCGUGAUGGGAGAAGGGGGCACGAAGGACGCGAGCAUGGCGGACAAAGACGCAGAUGACGUCACAUUGCAGCGGUCAAUCUCCGCGGAUCGGCACAGCAUGGCCUCCACCUCCAACAACCUUCGCCUCGGCCUGGGCUCCGCACGAUCGUCCACCUCCGAGCUCUCCGGCAUCAGCGGCUUCUCCACCACCACCUUCGUUCAUGAAAACUCUACCCUCGUCAUCGAGUGCGUGGAAAAUCGGGUCAAAAAGUAUUUCCUGGUCCCACCCAACCUGGCAGAGUCUGGCCGGUAUCGGAAGAAGGGGAAGAAACUCCAUAUUUACAACGACCAUACCUUUUUAGCCAAACAUCUUCCCAGUGGAACCAUGUGCGAAAUUUGUACCAUGCGACUCCCCUUCAGUAUUGGAAAACAAGGUUACCAGUGCCGAGAUUGUAAUAUGAUGUGUCACAAAGAGUGCCACGUUCGAGCACCUUCGUUCUGCCCAAAGACUACGAUCUACGACAUUGAACUAUCGUCUGUGAAGCAGCUUGAAACGACGCGUACGAGCAACUCCUCCGGAUUGUUUUCUUCCCUUUUCCGUCGUGGUAACAAGGUUUCGGGUGUGGCUGCUCCUCCCACUAACACUAACCCCAAAACCACCGCUAAAGGGGUGGACUCUGCUGACCAAACUAAUAAUGCUUUCACCUCUGAAAAUAAUGCCUCCACAACUGCUCUCGGUGACGGGAAUGCCAAGCCGAAAAAGAAAAAGUCGAAUAUCUUUAGAAAAGCGACGCGACUUGGGAAGAUCUCAGAGGAAAAUUUGUCACCCAGCACGAAAGAAGUCGAAGAAACGGAAGAAGAUGAACCACUCCCUGAAAAUGCUACCAUUGCGGACACGAACGUACUGGCAGAAGAACAAACUCCAGAGAACAAGCAACUUUUGGAGGGACCAGAACAACAAGUGUCAUGAAGGAAUACUUAAGUUUUGUCUACUCACUGAAUUUAAUACAUCAUAUACGAUCUGGCAUUGAUAGUCCGUAGUUAGCUUGGUUGUGGUAUUACUUAUUACGUGUCUUGUCUCAUUAUUAGAUACAUACAUAAGUACGAAUCAACAUAGCUUACGUUAAGCAUUUGUCAAGUUUCCAUAAUGUUUUUGAAAGAAUGAUAUGCUAAUAAACAAGUUAAGCACAAACUGAA